GACAUAGGACAUUUUGAGACAUUACAAAACCUUUUCCAGUCGCCCCAAAAUUCAAAAAGCACCAAAAUUCAUCUUCUUCAAUUUGCUUGGAGUUCAGCAAGACCACGAGGCAAACGGCCAGUCUUCUUCAAAGACAAAUUCUCAUCUUCUUCUGCACCAACUACCAGCCCCGCAACCCUCCCACCCACCACCAGCAAGACGACACGCCAACGAUCAAAAUCACUCGUGCUUCUGCGUCACCUACCAGUCCCGCAACCGUGCAAACCACCACCAGGUAUUGUGCGCCGUCUAGUGUGACUGGCCGACUCGCCAUCCUUCGGCCGCACCUGCCACAUCUUUUUGUGGGAUUCCAAAUCUCACCCAAAUCUCACGUAAGGGGAUGAGAUUUGGGAUAUGGAUUUUUUGCCUAUAUUUGAGCUUAGAUGUCCGGAUAAGUCCCAAGCAUAAAUGAAAUCCAUGUUUUCAAUCUCAAAUGAAUACACCUAAACAUUUUGGGAUUUCUAAAAUGUCUUAGAAUGUCUUGUUUAAAUACACCCAGAUUUCUUAAAUCCUAAAAUGUCUUAGAAUGUCUAAAAUGAAUACACCCACUUAAUUUGUUUAAGUUUGAUUUAAUCAAAUUUUGUUCAUUUAAUUGAAAUUAUUUCAAGUAAAACUUAUAAGAGAAAGCACCCAGAAACAUAAUCAAAUUACUAAGUUUGAAUAUUAAUGAGUAUGCCAUAUCUCAUUGGUUAAAUAGGGUUAAAUUUUCCUUUCAAAAUAGGGUUAAAUUUGAUUGCAAUUUAAGAAGAAGCUGAGCCUAUCAAAUCGCAGCUUCUCGUGUUUUACUUCUGAUGUACUUCUUCUAUGGGCAAUCAUUCUUCUAGACUCACAAUUUCGCAAUGAGGUUAUUGCUUCAUUGAUCACAGUCAGACAUUCAACCUCAGCCUGAAGAAUACCGAGCAAAAGACCACUCUUGUUAAAAGUUCAUUCUUUCUCAUUAUCAUCUUCUUCCAUUCACCAACUCUCUGCCUCCUCAAUGAUUCACCGUUUUGCUUAACCGGUACAGCCGACGUUUCCCAUGGCGCUCCCGCUGGGCAAGGUGGCUUUCCUCUUCGGUACCGGUGUUGUUGUGUCAGCUCUGGCCAAAGAAUCAAGUUUCAGUGACUAUUUGUCAGGCGCAUUUAAGAUAUUCUUCAAGCAAAUCAAGGAAGAUAGUUCAAAAAACUCAAAUCAUAAGCCUCGUAAUGAUGCUUUGUUGCUGCAGGUCAAUAGCUUGCAAGAGCAGCUGCAGCUCCUGGCAUCAAAUAGAUCUGUAACUGUGGUGACUUCUUAUGGUUCAGGUUCUAGUGGUAAAUAUGGCUUGAUUUUGGUGGUUGUGGUGGUUGGAUACGGAUAUAUUUGGUGGAAGGGUUGGAAGCUUUCUGAUUUCAUGUUUGCAACCCGGCGUGGUUUAGCUGAUGCAUGUACGAGUGUGUCCAAACAACUUGAGAGUGUUAAUGAAUCCGUUUCGGCAACAAGACAUCACAUAUCUUCCCGCAUUGACCGUAUUGAUUGUAAAGUAGAUGAGUGCACAGAAGACACAGCUGCUAUACAAGAGGAGGUUUCUGAAAUUCUAGGGAAGGUGAAAACGGUUGACAGUAAUCUCCAAUCAGUUCAGCUUGUUUUCCAAACUCUGGAGACCAAAAUCAGCAGGAUAGAAUGGAUGCAGAAUGACACAAUUUUUGGCGUGAGAGAUUUGGUUACUUAUGCAAAGAAGUUGGAGAAUGAAAGAGACAAGGAACAGAUUGAGGCAUCUUCCCCGAGUUUAACAAGGCCUGCUCUUGAAUUGCCAGAGGUGACUCCUUCAACCAUGGCAUGUCCCUUGCUUCCUAAUGCAAAUAUUGAACCACCAUCUCCAUCUGUUUCAAAUGGACUCCAGAAGGAGUCCCUGCUUGCUGUUCUUUCUUCCUCAGGUGUUAAGAUACAUCGUGGAUUAUUAGAUUUGGAAGCAAUGAAAACUGGAAGCAGUGGUACUCCUUCUCGGGCUACAAGUGCACCGCCCACACCAUUGUGUUUCAACACUCGAAAUUCAACUUCUGCCCUGUUUGGGCGAACACUGUCUGCUAGCGCCGCCGACUUUUUGACAAGCCGCAGAUCAUGCCAAACUUUAAAGUAGGCCUCCAAGUUGGAUAUAAAUCUUUUAUUCCAUGUGGAGCAUUUUUUGUUCAUUGAGCUGAAUUUUUUAGUGCGCAAAUAUGGUAUUCAUUCAAGGCUUAGUUUAGAAGUCCUGUCUAAAUAUUUUUAGCUACUCAUUGGGUAGAUAUUGCCCUUACCCCACCAAGGUGUGGGAGCGUUUGCAACACUGAGGUAGUGAUGAUGAUGAAGAUUGGGUAGAUACUAGAUUGCACAGAAGUAAUGCAACAAAUGGUUGAAAAUGACCAACUCCAACAUCUUAAAGAAGUGCUGGCUCUUCUUUAUAAUAAAUCCCAAAACAUGGAAUUUGC